AUGUUUAAACGAGAGAAUGGAUAUUUCGGUCAUAUAGCUUGUCCUGAGAUAAGGAAACAUGGUAAUUGUGAGAUUUUAAAUUGUAUAUUUAGUCAUAAUGAUGAUAAUAGUAAUAUGGUAAAUCGAAUUACCUUAUCUGAUCAACCAUUACUCAAGAAACAGAAAUUGCAUAAGAAUGAAGAAAACUUACCUAUUAGACCUAUCAGGACUAAGCAUUUACAUAUAGAGGAUGAUGUUAGAAUUCAAAAUAUAAAGAAAAUCAUUGAAUAUUUCCAUAAAGAUGAGAAUUAUAAUGGUGAUAGAUCGGAAUCAAUUGAGAAAGAAGUCAAAAUACUACAAACAAGUACAACCAUUGAGGAAUAUCAAACUAAAAUUAAUACUUUGAUUAAUUCAACGGAAAAAUUGAAAGAUCCAAAGUUUAUAUUACCGAAAGAACUUAAAUCAAGAUCAGCACCAGCAAGUUUAGCAAUUAGAAAGAGUUAUAUUCAAAAGCUUGUGGAAACAAUCAAGAAAUACAAACCUGAAGCUCAAACUCCAAUAUUAAUGGCUAUUGAUGAAGAAUAUGAAGUUGCUUCAAAGACUUCCACUCAUACAUAUGCUUUAACUAUUAAAAGAGUCAUUUAUAAAUUACAACAUCCAGAUAAGAUAAAGAAACCAGUUGAAAUAACGAAAGAUGAUUAUAUAAAAAUGCUUAAUGAUUUGGUUAUCUCUGAAGAUAAAUUAAAGGAUUAUGGAUAUAUUAUGGAAAUUCCCGAAACUAUAAUACCUGAAGAUAAACGAUUAUGUAAAAGAUGUGGAGUUGAAUUUGAUAAAAGAACAAUUUUAGAACCUACAAAAUGUCAUUAUCAUCCGGGUAAAAUACGAAGAAAGGAUAAACUUAUCCGAUUUUAUGAUUGUUGUAUGACCAUAGCUGAUGAUCCAGAAUCAGAACCAUGUAAUAAAAGUACUAAUCAUGUAUUUCAUUGGAAUAAUCCAGGUGAAAUGAAUUGGGCAACUCCAUUUAAGGAUACCGAAGAUAUUUAUAAUGACAAUGAAGAAAAAAGUUUUGCAUUAGGUAUUGAUUGCGAAAUGGGAUAUACUACUAAAGGAUUUGAACUUUUACGAGUUACAGCUCUUGACUUUUUCACAGGUGAAGAAGUUUUAGAUUCAUUAGUUCAAGUUAGUGGAGAAAUAAUUGAUCUUAAUACUCAAUGGUCAGGGGUUUCAAAUAUUCCAGCAGAUUCACCUACAUUUGAUCAAGUAAUUAUCGAUAAACUAGGUAAAAUAAUGAAUAAAAAUACAAUUUUAAUCGGUCAUGGCUUAGAAAAUGAUAUGAAUGCAAUGAGAUUGAUACAUCAUAGAAUCAUAGACACUUCAAUCUUAUAUCCUAAACAUGCUGCAACUAAACGAUUCAAACAUAGUUUAAAGGAUCUUGCAUUCAAGUAUCUCAAUAGAACUAUUCAAUCAGGUGAGCAUGAUAGUGGAGAAGAUUCAUUAGCCGCAAUCGAUAUAGUUAAAUAUUUUGUAAAGCUUGAUUUUGACAAGAGGCAAAAUGAGCAUAAAAAUUAA